CUGCCGUCGGCUCGUGCUAAUGCUUUGCGCUGUAGGAAGGGAACCUCUUUCUUGAGCCGCUUUGGCAUGCGGAGCGCCUUCAGGAGAUACGACAACGAUGCGCCCGACUCUGAUUCUGAGCUGGGCGAGCAGCGCACCGAGGGGAGCCACGCUCGCGCGCCCAUGUCCGUCAUGAGCGAGGGCGGCGGCUACAUCCCGCUUUACAAAGAGCCUCCGCGCUACAUCCGCGUAAAAGCGCACAACAGCAGACGCAGGGACUUUAACCGCUUGUUCCUAGCGCAAGAACUCCUCGGGCCCAAGCCGGACAAGGACGACGACUCGUCGCAAGGCCGCGUCCCUGCCACAGCCGUGGGCACGAAGCUUCUCAAGGCUGGGGAUGCCAUCUGGGCGGCCGAGUUCAGCCUUGACGGUCGCUACCUUGCCGUGGCAGGCAAGGAUCAAGUGGUCCGCGUUUUUGCCGUCCUCUCAACCGAAGAGGAGCGCAGGGCGCACGAGGCAGAGGAGGAGGCCGAGAGAGAGGCGCAGGGUAAGACCAAGGGAGAGCGGCUGAGCGCUCCCGUCUUUCGAAAUAAGCCCAUUCGCGAGUUUGAGGCGCACACCGGAGAAGUGCUGGCCCUCUGCUGGAGCAAGAAUAACUUUCUGCUGUCAACGUCGAUGGACAAGACGGUAAGGCUCUGGCACGUCAGCAGAGCAGAAUGCCUCGCCACGUUUGUGCAUCACGACCUGGUCACAUCGAUCGCCUUCCACCCCACCGACGACCGCUAUUUCCUAGCAGGCUCCCUGGACGCGCAGCUCCGACUGUGGAACAUACCAGACAGGACCGUGGCCUUUUCGGCCCCCGUCAACGAGUUCAUCACGGCCGUGGCCUUUACGCCCGACGGCACCAUGGCCAUUUGCGGCGUCUUGAGCGGCAUGUGUUCGUUCUACGAGACGGAGGGGCUCAAGGUCAAGUUUCAGAUCCACGUCCGAUCAUCCCGGGGUAAAAACGCAAAGGGCAGCAAAAUCACAGGCAUCAAGACGGCCACGGCGGCCGGCACGAACGAGGUCAAGGUAUUGAUCACCUCCAACGACUCGCGCGUUCGCAUCUACAACCUGGACUCGCGGUCCCUCGAAGUUAAGUUUAAAGGCCUGGAGAACCAGUCUAGCCAGAUCCACGCGCGUUUCAGCGACGACGGCACAUAUGUCAUCUGCGGCAGCGAAGAUCGAAAAGCAUACAUAUGGAACACGAAUGCGGCAGAAGCCGACGCCAAGGACCGCCAGCCGUACGAGUCCUUUGACGCCCAUCCGGAAGUCGUCACCGCGGCGCUGCUGGCGCCCACGCGCACCAGGCAGCUGCUUAGUGCCUCGGGAGAUCCCAUCUUUGACCUAUGCAACCCGCCGCCGGUCUUGCUCCGCAGCCUUGAUGAGGCCGCCCUCAGCCAGACGGAGGUUUCGGACGCGGGGACUGAAAUCCACCACCCGGCGCCGUCGAGCAUCAAGAAGCCGGAGGAGACCCCGGCCUACCUAGAGCGAUGCAAGCAUCUGGAUGGCAACAUUAUCGUCACGACGGACAGGACCGGCACGAUCAAGGUAUUCCGUCAGGAUUGUGCAUACGCCAAGCGCCAACAGAAUAUGUGGGAACUGGGCUCCAGGUUCUCCAGCAAGGUGAGCGGGCUGGGACGAAGCGGGAGCAUCAUCACCAGGACAAGCGGCAGCGUAUCGAGGCGGACCUCGCUAAACCUGACUGCGGGCCAGGCUCAGCACCCGUCUGACCGCAUCAUUAGCUGGCGUCAAGACGUCGACGACGAAGGGCGAGCACACCUCGGCGUGACGCCGGCAAGGAGCGAGCGGUCUGCGUCGCCAAGAAAACUUGCCAGGCCCCCGGCCAACCUUUCCACGACGACGAAUCCCUCAGCGCAAGCCCGAAAGCCGGUCGCUUCAAGCGGCUCGCCGUCGCGCCCGCAGAGGAACAGCCUCGCCAGCCCCACAGGUAGUAUACGGAGCCGGCCGUCGAUAGGAACAUUGGACGGGGUGUCGCAGCCGCCCACGCCGAGCUUCAACUUCAUCCCCGUGGCAGAGUCGGACGAGAACGAAAAGGAGGGCAGCUUCUGGAACCUAAGCCGGUGGAGAGGCAGCAUUUCGGGGCUAAGAUAUUCUGUGAGCGCAAGCUCACCCACGGAAUCCACGCACGACGCCGCGGCGGCCGCUGCCGCCAGCGAUGGCCAAUCCCGAAAGCCCAACGAACUCCUGAAGCCACCUAGUCGGGCUGCUGCUCGGAGGAGCAUUGGCGUCACGGAUCUCAAUAGGCCCAAGGUUGUGGAAGAUCAAACCAACAGAAGGAAGUCGAUGGGGCCCGCCAUUCGGUCGACCAAGUCCCAGGAGGCGACGGUCUCCGGUAUGGAUAUCAUCGACGAAAGUAAGUCUGAUCAGCCACUCUCCAAGAAACGGGCUGAUUCUGGCCUGGGAAGGAUGAGCGACGAUGCAGCUGAGUGA